AUGGUUACUAUCGCCCCUCCGAUGCAAGAAAGAGAAGAUGUGGAAAUACUCAAGGACAACCCGCCGUUCAAGCCAGACAGGAACUUUAUUCUCGCUUUCAUUUCUAUUUGUAUUAUCACUCUAGCAGCCGCCCUCGACGCGACGUCUCUUAGUAUCGCCCUACCUAUCAUUACCGAAGAUCUCAAGGGAUCGGGUAUCGAAGCAUUCUGGACAGGAACGUCAUUCCUACUCACCUCUGCCGUCUUUCAACCCGUUAUCGCCGGUUUAAGUCAUGUAUUCGGAAGAAAGAAUCUUCUCAUUAUAUCAUCUUUUUUAUUUGUCGUGGGAGCUAUUAUCUGCGCCGUUGCCAGAAACUUUACCGUGAUGCUCACGGGAAGAUCUAUCCAAGGUAUUGGUGGAGGUGGUAUAUUAGCACUAGGUGAAAUCAUUGUUACGGAUCUUGUUCCACUCGUCGCUCGAGGCACCUGGUUCGGAUAUCUUGGUUCGACAUGGGCGUUAGGUUCCGUGGCUGGGCCUUUGUUAGGAGCGGUUUUCGCUGAAAGCGUGACAUGGCAGUGGAUCUUCUGGAUUAACCUGCCAAUUGUCGGCGUGGGGAUGGUUCUUCUCAUCCCUUUUCUCAAGCUCGAAUCCACACCCGGAAAAUUGUCUACUAAACUCCGCUUAUUCGACUGGAUUGGAUCGAUCAUUUUCGUGGCUGGAACCGUAGGCUUCCUAAUUCCUGUAACAUGGGGUGGCGUUAUGUAUCCUUGGGACCACUGGCGAACAAUAGUUCCACUGUUAAUUGGAUUUGACGGGAUUAUUGCAUUCGCUAUUUACGAAUGGUGGCUUUCGAGGAGAGCAUUUGACGCCGAGGGAAAUUCUCUGCCAGGUGAACAUAUCGAACCUAUUGUUCGCUUCACUAUUUUCAACAACUACACGAUGCUGAUUACAUUUCUUUCAACCGUUCUACACGGAGUGGUCGUCUGGUCUCUCCUAUAUUUCCUACCGCUAUACUACGAGGCCGUUAAAGAAUAUUCGCCGAUUAUUUCUGGUGUCGCCAUCCUUCCCGAGACGGGUCUAGUCGCUCCCGUGUCCGUAAUUGCGGCUGUCCUCUGUACAAGAUUUGGAAAAUACCGUUGGGCUCUCUGGUCAGGUUGGGUCUGUACGACUGCUGGCUCUGGACUCCUUUUUAUACUUUCACCCGAUACAUCUGUUCCUGGUUGGAUUUUCCUUAACUUUCUCGUCUCGAUUGGAACUGGUAUCCUGUUCCCCGCAAUGAGUCUGGGUACUCAAGCCGCAUCCCGUCCUCAAGAUUCUGGUCAUACGGCGGGUUUCUUUUCUUUCCUUCGUGUCUUUGGCCAGGCUAUCGGUGUUGCUGUCAGUGGUGUCGCAUUUCAAAACCAGCUCCAGAGCGAGCUGCAGAAUUACGAAGAGUUUGCCCCUGUUGCAGCGCAGUACAGCAGGGACGCUACUGCAAUAGUCGGUAUCAUUAAAGCGCUACCGGACGGAACCACGAAAACGGACCUAAAGCAAGCAUAUUCGGACAGUUUACAUGUUAUCUGGCUGUUGAUGACAGUGGUUAGUGGUGUGGCACUGCUGACCAGUUUUACAACAAAAGAGUACAGCUUAGAACAGGAGCACGACACGCGUCAGAAGUUUAAUGGUGGGAAGAAUAAGGAGAGCAUGACUGAUUUAAUGCUACGAUGA